GGCAGAGCCAGGCGAAUUGCACAUGGUGGAGUUGGAUCGUGGGAGGCCAGGAAGCCAAGCCCCACUCCCUGCCCUACAUGGCCUAUCUGAGGAAAGCCAAUGGCUCUUUCUGCGGGGGAAUCCUGGUGGAGCCAGACUGGGUGCUGACCGCUGCUUACUGCAUAGGGUCCUCGAUGGUCAUCCUGGGCGCUCACGACAUCAGCAUAUUGGAGAAGACUCAGCAAAGGUUCACCGUGCAGAGUGUUCACCCGCACCCUAAUUACAACAGCCGUACAAAGAAGAACGACAUAGCCCUGCUCAAGCUCCAUGAGAAAGCCACCAUCACUGCGUUCGUCAAGGUCAUUAGACUGCCUAACAAGAGAAACACCCUUUCCAAAGGGACCAAGUGCAGCACAGCUGGAUGGGGCCUCAAUGACCAAGAGAAGCCCUCAAACAAGCUCCAUAAGAAAGAUGUCAUUGUCCACUCGUGGAAGGAUUGCAGUCAGCUAUAUCCCAGCCUCAGCAAAAAGAGUAUCUGUGCAGGGAGCAACAGCAGGAACAGGGACUCCAAUACGGGGGAUGAAGGCAACCCUCUGAUCUGCAACGAAGUACCACAAGGAAUCUUAUCGCAAAUGCCCUUCAGACCUCCAGCCUUUUACACUCUCAUCAGCCCAUACUACGACUGGAUCCAGGAGACCAAGCGGAAGGCAAGCAACUGAGCUAUCGACUCAAGCCCUAGUCUUCUCCUGCCUCCCCUGCUGCUUUUGUGCAUUUUCCUGUGCUGCAUUCACCUGCUUGGCCUUUCUUCAGAGCACUGGUGGGGGAAGGGGGUGACAAGCCAAGAAGCAAAGCAAGGCAGUGCCUAUUGGGCUUCCUUUAAAGAAAAAAGAAAAGAAAAGAAAUCCCUUUAGACAAGUUUGGUGCAUCUGCACAGCAAGAGGAAGGCGUGACAGAGUUGCAUCUCUGUGGUCAUCACUACCCCUGCUAGCACAGCCAGGGCCAGAUGUGCUACAAUUAUACCUUAUUAUUAUGCCAGGUUUUUUGGUUGUGGCCACGUUGGUCUAAGGACAUAGGCAGGCAAGGUUAUUUGAGUAGAUGUGCUAUCUUCGAUUAGUUUUUUUCCAACCUUUUUUCCCCCCAACUACUCAGUUGGUCUAAUCAAAGAUAGCACAUCUACUCAAAGAACCUCGCCUACCUUAUUAUGGCAUGUAGACGGUCCCGACACCCAGCAACUCAAUGCUAUUGCUAAAUUAGCUUAUACACCCCAAGGUCCAUCUCUGGUCCUUCCUCACCCACAAACAUGCAGACAGCCUCAUGCAGCGGAGGAAACUCUUUGCCUCUUGUGUGCAGAGGGGGAACAGAGCCCCAGAGACAAGUGACAGGGCCAGGGAGCAAGAGGGCUACAGUGCCAGCCCCCUCCCUGCCACCUGCUUUGUGCUGCUGUUGCUGGCACUGGCUUGGCCAGUCAGGCUCCCAGCAGCAGCAACAGACUGCGGAAAAGACUAGUGUAGAUGGGAGUCUUCCCUCCACCCCCAGUGCCUGAAUAUGGACCCACGCCCCAGGCCUUGCCCUUCCCAGUGGAGCUUCCCACCCCUCUUGCUCUCGGCCCCUGCCCCAGCCACUGCAUUGCUUCCUCCCUAUUGUUGCAGCACCAAAUGUGACAAAUAAAAGAGCCACCUGCAAGACUUGGAGUUUCUUUUCUGACUG